AUGAAAGAAUCUGAGUAUGAAUUACAACAACAACCAGCAUACGAAGUGAAAACUCCACAGUCCGCUGGUUAUAAUGUUGGACCUCCACAACAAGGACAUGUUAUCUCCAAACAGCCAGGCAUGGGGCAAAAGCCGAAUGACGAUGAGCAAAUAAUAGUGUCACCACAAGACCCUCUCAUACUUGUCCCAGAUUGCCCACCGGGAUUGGAAUAUUUAACACAAAUCGACCAGUUAUUGGUUCGUCAAAAGAUGCAAGUGGCUGAAAAAUCUGGAUUUUGUGUUCGUCAGAUAUGUGGACCAAUGAGACCGUUUAAACUUAACGUUAAAGACCAUCAAGACAGGACAGUGCUGGUUCUUAAACGACCCUAUCGAUGCGAUGACUGUUGCUUCUUUUGCUGUCUAAUGAAACUUGAGGUAUACACCGCAGAUGGACUGUGUCUGGGACGUGUCCAACAAACUUGCAGCAUUUGUAUACCAAAGUUUGAUAUACGAAACAGUGAAGACGAAACCAUAUUGAAGAUGAAAGGGCCAUGUAUUAAAUGCCGUUGCUGUUCUGACGUUAAAUUUGACGUAUAUACGGCAGACAUGGAAAGUAAAGUGGGACGUGUUUCCAAGCAGUGGAGUGGACUGGGAAAGGAGUUAAUCACAGACGCAGACAAUUUUGGUAUAUCGUUUCCAAUUGACCUUGACGUCAAGCUGAAGGCAGUUAUGCUGGGUGCUGUUUUCCUUAUAGAUUUUAUGUACUUCGAAAAAAUAAAAGACAACAAAUAGACUAAACUUGAUGCAGACGUAGGAGUAUGUCUGCUGAACUUGGAAUUGGAUUUAAC